AUGGCCCAGCAACCCCGCAAUGUCCACAAACCUCUCCUCUUCGAAAUCGCCUGGGAGGUGGCCAACAAGGUCGGCGGUAUUUACACUGUGCUGAAAAGCAAGAGUCCAGUGACAAGCCAUGAGUACGGAAAUCGUUAUACAAUGGUGGGACCCCUCUCAUACAAGACAGCCCCACUCGAGGUCGAGACACUCGAGCCUGACACGCCCGAGCUCCGCUUGACACUCGAGUCCAUGAAGGAGCGCGGCGUCAAGUUCCUCUACGGUCGAUGGCUGAUCGAGGGUGCGCCCAAGGUCCUGCUCUUCGACACCGGCUCAGUCUACCACAAACUGGACGAGUGGAAGGGCGAUCUCUGGAAUGUCGCCGGCAUCCCUUCGCCUCCAAACGACCAUGAGACAAACGAGGCCAUUCUCUUUGGAUACCUGGUCGCCUGGUUCUUGGGUGAGUUCUCGGCCCAUGAGACUAAGACCGCUAUCAUUGCUCAUUUCCACGAAUGGCUCGCUGGUGUGGGCAUUGCCCUCUGCCGCAAGCGUCAUAUUGACGUCACGACCAUCUUCACAACCCAUGCGACCUUGCUCGGUCGUUAUCUCUGUGCCGGAUCCGUGGACUUCUACAAUAAUCUCAGAAACUUUGAUGUCGAUCACGAAGCUGGCAAGAGAGGCAUUUACCACCGAUACUGCAUCGAGCGUGCGGCAACACACUGUUGUGAUGUCUUUACGACCGUCUCACAUAUCACCGCUUACGAGGCUGAACACUUGCUGAAGCGCAAGCCAGACGGCGUAUUGCCCAAUGGCCUGAACGUGGUCAAGUUCUCGGCGAUGCACGAGUUCCAGAACCUGCAUGCGGUCUCUAAGGAUCGCAUCCACGAUUUCGUGAGGGGACACUUUUAUGGACAUUAUGAUUUUGAUCUUGAGAACACGCUCUACUUCUUCACCGCCGGACGAUACGAGUACCGCAACAAGGGCUUGGACAUGUAUAUCGAAUCUCUUCAACGAUUGAACGAGAAAUUGAAGGCCAGCAACUCGGAAAUGACGGUGGUAGCAUUCAUUAUCGUGCCCGCCGAGACUCACUCGUUCACCGUCGAGACUUUGAAGGGCCAAGCUGUUGUCAAGCAGCUCAAGGAGACCGUCCAGGAUAUUUCCAAGCGCAUGGAGACCCGUCUCUUUGAGAAAGCUGCUCGCGGCGGCGAUGUGAAUACGACCCAGUUCUUGACGAGCGAGGACCAGAUCCUGCUCAAGCGUCGCACAUUCGCCCUGAAGCGCUCGACUCUCCCUCCGAUCGUGACCCAUAACAUGGCCGACGAUAGCAAGGAUCCCGUCCUGGACCAGCUGCGCCGUCUCGGACUUUUCAACCACCCCUCAGAUCGUGUCAAGAUCGUCUUCCAUCCCGAGUUCAUCAAUUCCAACAACCCGCUCUUUGGCCUUGACUAUGAAGAAUUCGUUCGUGGCUGCCAUCUUGGUGUGUUCCCAUCGUAUUAUGAACCCUGGGGCUACACCCCCGCCGAGUGCACGGUCAUGGGCGUGCCCAGCAUUACGACGAACUUGUCAGGAUUCGGAUGCUUUAUGGAUGACAAUAUCGUGGACUCGUCCGAAUACGGAAUCUAUAUCGUUGAUCGUAGGAUGAAAUCCGUUGAGGAAUCGAUCCAACAGCUCUCUGACCAGAUGCUGAUGUUCUGUCAGAAGACUCGGCGCCAGCGAAUCAACCAGCGCAACCGAACCGAACGUCUCUCGGAUCUGUUGGAUUGGAAGCGCAUGGGCCUGGAGUACAUCAAGGCAAGACAGCUGGCACUGAGACGUGCGUACCCGGAUUCGUUCGAUGACGAUGAUUACUUUGGACUAGAUGAGGCUACACAGCAGCAGUUGCAGCUGCAGGAGCAGAGACCUAAGAUUCCGAACCCCCGCUCCGCCCCUGGUUCCCCACGGAUCCGGACCCCGAUCGAAGGUGUUGAUACGGAACUGACCUUUGCAAAGAUGUCGAAGGGUGAUCGAGAGCGGUACCUUCAGUACAAGAUGGAGGGACAUGAUGACGAUGACGUGUUGCCAGCAGAUCUGGAUGAUGACUCGCCAGAGCAUCACCUGAACAAUGCCACGGGUACGAAUAUGCAGAUUAAGAUGCCGUUCCGUCAGAAGCAGCCGAAGAGGGACGAACCGGAGCCUGAGGGGAACUUUGAUGCGGAGGGCGCUAGCCAUAAGGAAGCGCAACAGCAGUUUAGGGACCAGAUGAGCGGUGGCGAGAACGGCCAAUACUAUGGCCGCACUGGUGGUCGUACGCCAGCAGGAACCAGCAAUGGAAACGGAUAUCAUCGUUGA